AUGAUCAAGGAUCCAGAGGAGAAUUGUGCCAAUGAGAUGCUUGAUGAAAUGAUUUUGCAUGCCUAUGAUACAUGCAUCAAGGGCAUGAGGAAGCUGCAUGUCUCCAUGGACACCAAGGUGGAUAAGGGAAACAGGAAGAAAUAUAACAAGGCGGCGAAGAACAAUAUGGUGGACAUACACACAUUGCUAAUAUCUUGUGCGCAGGCCGUGGCAACAAACAACCACAUGAGGGCACGGGAGUUGCUAAUGGAAAUCAAGCAACAUGCAUCAGCAACAGGGGAUGCCACACAACGGGUAGCUCUGUGUUUCACCAAGGGGCUAGAGGCACGGCUAGUGGGUGCAGGUAGCCAGCUUUGGCAGUUGCUCAUGGCAGAGCAUCCCUCCAUCGUGGAGUUCCUCAAGGCCUAUAGACUUUACUAUGCAGUCUGCUGCUUCAAAAAGGUGGCACUCAGUUUUUCGACGAUGACAAUCUUGCAGGCCAUGGUGGGUAAGAGGAAGCUGCACAUUGUGGAUUACGGUAUGCAUUUUGGCUUCCAAUGGGCAGGCUUGCUCCGCUUGCUGGCGGGUAGAGAAGGUGGCCCACCAGAGGUGAAGAUCACCGCCAUAGGCCCUGCCAAGCUCAAGGCCUGUCCAGCAGAGCGAAUUGAGGAACUAGGGUGCAGGCUCAGCAAUUGGGCCAAUGAGUUCGGCUUGGCUUCUUUCAAGUUCCACACAAUCAUGAAGAAAUGGGAGGAUGUUCGCAUCGAAGACUUGAACACCAACACAGAUGAGGUAAUUGUCGUGAAUGACCUCUUCAGUUUUAGCACCUUGAUGGACGAGAGUGUAUUCUUUGACAGACAAAGCCCUAGGGAUACCGUCCUCAGUAACAUCAAGAAGAUGAGGCCCGACGUGUUCAUCCAGAGCAUUUUGAAUUGUUCAUGUGGUUCCUCAUUCGUGGCACGGUUUCGAGAGGUGAUGUCCUACUACAUGGCACUAUUUGACAUACUGGAUGCAACCAUGCCAAGGGAGAGCAAAUCUCGAGUGGUGCUGGAGCAGUUCGUGCUUGGUCGUCCUGCACUUAACAUCAUCGCCUGUGAGGGACUAGACUUGGCGCAACGCCCUGAAAAGUAUAGGCAAUGGCAGUUUGUUGUUACCAUGGAGAACCAUCGCAGAUCAAAUAUGCCUUGCAUGUGCACACAACGCCAGUACACUCGUGCCGUCGCGCAGAGGCGGCGGAGAAGGUCUCCAGGAGGAAGGAUGCUGCAGUGCCCGCCGGGACUCACCGGCGCGUCCAGGCGAUCCGCUGCGUGCGGCGGAGAUGGCAUUCAUGCGAUCCAAGGGUUGGACAGCGCCAAGGCUAAUCAAUCAGGGCCGCUCGCUUCGCCAAUCAACCUGAUUACCUUCUUCUCGGCGUCUUCUGUUCUUGGCUAUAGUUGA